AUGGCAGAAUCGGGCUUUGACAUCUUCGGUUUUAUCUCCAGUAUUCUGGCUGUAUUAGGUCCAAUCUUCGGUGUCAUCUACUUCUAUCUACCAUCACGCCGACAAAGAUACCUUGACGAGCUUCUGUGUGAGGCAGAAGAGAUGUGGCGUACCGCCAUGGAGGAAGGGCUUCUUGCUUCUCCAUCGUUUGGAAUGUUCCUCAAGGCGACAGAGGGGAACCUAGUUCUUUUUCGCUUACAAGCGAACGAAUUGCGAACCCAAACGUAUUCUGCUACAACCAUCUAUGACCAGGUGAAAGGCGCAAUAACUGGCCUAUCCCUCAGAAUCGUCUACCUGUGCGCAACUGUACACCCCCAGAAUUUUUUCAACGAGACCGCACGUUCCUUCCCUUGCGGGGCUGAUGGCUCGGACAACACAGAGUAUUUUCCCCGUCCAAGAUCCUUGCCUGAACCCCCCACGGAAGACGGAUCCAUGCUCUCGCACCACCGCAUUGAGUCUACAGCAUCAACCCCGGAUUCUUCCACCCUGACGGAGUCUGAUAGCGAAAUUGCCGAGUUGGGAAAACCUUCUUUCGUAAAUGUGCCUGUGGAAGACGUUCACAUUCAGUCCUUGGAAAUGGACGCGGGCACAAUAUACCCUCAACUCGCCGCCAAUUCGGAUCACGGAGACGAUUCGGCUUCGCCCUACCGCCCAUCUCCAACCGACUCCACGCUCUACAAGGUUCUUAGCCUCGUCCAUGACGACCUGAACGCAAGAGGACAGGGCCAUCCUCUCCUCCCAGCGGCUGCCGAAUUUGCUCGUGCUCCUCACCGCAUCGACCUCGAGACUCUGCUCAGAGAGUACGAACACGAAGGCGAUGAAUCGACUUCGUUGUCGGGAGAUCUGCAAAUGAGAACGAUCGAAAAAUGCAUCUCCGUAUGCGGAUGA